CGGGCCGCAUACUCUUUCCUUCCGCCUUUUCCUCCUCAACCUCCGACACGCUCUCCCCGCCGCCGUCGACCUCUCGAAUGGAGGCGGAGCAGCAGAAGCAGCAGCCCCAGCGCCCACGCCGCAAGGGGCAGAAGCGGAAGUUGGAGGACGAGGCGGCCGCCGCAGCCAUCGCCGCGGCGGCAGCGGCGGCGGCGUCCUCGCUUGGCAGCGCGGGCGCCGACGACGACAACGAGGAGGAGGACGCCGGCUCGGCGGCGCCCCCCGAGAUCUGCUGCCGCCACUCGCACGCGGCGCUUGCCCGCGAGGUCCGCACGCAGGUCGACGUCCUCCUCCGCUGCGCCUCCUCAUGGCGCCAUGCCGACCGCGCCGCCGCUAAGCGCGCUACCCACGUCCUCGCCGAGCUCGCAAAAAACGAGGAGGUUGUCAACGCGAUCGUAGAGGGCGGCGCUGUGCCGGCCUUGGUGCGCCACCUGGAGGAGCCUGCUUCUGCUGCUGCGGCGGGGCAGGAGGAUCAGCAGCUGCGGCCGUUCGAGCAUGAGGUCGAGAAGGGCGCUGCCUUCGCUCUGGGUCUCCUAGCUGUAAAGCCUGAACAUCAACAACUUAUUGUUGAUGCUGGUGCUCUACCUCCGCUUGUGAACCUCUUGAGAAGGCAGAAAAAUACUACAAACUCGAGGGUAGUAAACAGUGUCAUCAAGAGAGCAGCUGAUGCAAUUACCAAUCUCGCUCAUGAAAAUAGCAACAUCAAAACUAGCGUCAGAAUGGAAGGUGGAAUACCGCCACUUGUUGAAUUGCUAGAAUCACAGGAUCUUAAGGUGCAGAGAGCAGCUGCAGGGGCCUUGCGAACUCUAGCUUUUAAAAAUGAUGAGAACAAAGCUCAGAUUGUUCAAUGCAACGCUUUGCCAACUUUGAUUUUAAUGCUGCGAUCAGAGGAUGCUGCAAUUCACUAUGAAGCAGUUGGUGUCAUUGGAAAUUUGGUUCAUUCGUCACCAAACAUCAAGAAGGAGGUUCUUAAUGCCGGAGCACUGCAACCUGUGAUUGGAUUAUUAAGUUCUUGUUGUACAGAAAGCCAACGAGAGGCUGCUUUGUUGCUAGGGCAAUUUGCUUCUGCCGACUCUGAUUGCAAGGUCCAUAUUGUGCAAAGGGGUGCGGUCCGACCACUAAUUGAAAUGCUACAGUCGGCUGAUGUCCAACUAAGAGAGAUGUCUGCUUUUGCACUUGGGAGGCUUGCCCAGGACACACAUAACCAAGCAGGUAUUGCAUAUAAUGGUGGUUUGUUGCCUUUGUUAAAACUUCUUGAUUCAAAAAAUGGAUCUCUGCAACAUAAUGCUGCAUUUGCCCUUUAUGGAGUUGCGGACAAUGAGGACUAUGUCUCUGACUUCAUUAAAGUUGGCGGUGUCCAAAAGUUGCAAGAUGGGGAAUUUAUCGUCCAGGCAACAAAGGACUGUGUGGCAAAAACAUUGAAGAGGUUAGAGGAGAAGAUAAAUGGGCGAGUGCUGAAACACUUGCUUUACAUGAUGCGGGUAGGAGAGAAAUCUGUGCAGAGACGUGUUGCUCUGGCUCUGGCACACCUUUGUGCUCCUGAAGAUCAAAGAACAAUUUUCAUUGAUAAUAACGGUCUCGACUUGCUUCUUGAUCUUCUGAUUUCCAUGAGCUCGAAACAUCAACAAGAUGGUUCAGCAGCAUUGUACAAAUUAGCCAACAAAGCUGCAGCACUUUCUCCCAUGGAUGCUGCCCCUCCAUCUCCAACACCACAGGUUUACCUUGGCGAGCAAUACGUGAAUAGUUCAACACUUUCAGACGUUACUUUCUUGGUGGAAGGAAAGCGCUUCUAUGCACACAGAAUUGCUUUGCUUGCUUCUUCAGAUGCAUUUCGUGCAAUGUUUGAUGGUGGCUACAGGGAAAAGGAUGCAAGAGAUAUUGAAAUUCCCAAUAUCAGAUGGGAUGUUUUUGAACUCAUGAUGAGAUUUAUCUAUACAGGGUCUGUGCAGGUAACCAGCGAAAUUGCUCAGGACGUUCUUAGAGCCGCUGAUCAGUAUCUCUUAGAAGGCCUCAAACGCCUAUGUGAAUAUACUAUUGCAAAGGAUGUGAAUCUAGAUAACGUCUCCGACAUGUAUGACUUGUCCGAAGCUUUCCAUGCCGUGUCACUGAGACAUACAUGCAUCUUGUACAUUCUGGAGCAUUUUAACAAGAUCUGCACCAGAGCCGGUUCGGCUCAGCUUAUCCAGCGUGUUAUCCCGGAGCUCCGCAAUUUCCUAACCAAGGCGCUGAGUUCAAGGAGUCCAAGUGACAACACUGCGCAGACAUGAUUUGAGUUGGUUCACAUUCAUUGACAUCGCUACCGUCAUCUGACCGAUGCAGCUGGAGAUCCUGUACAGCUAAAGUUUCUGGCGCUGAGCGUUCGAUGGUAUCUAUUGUGGGUACAUGGUGGCUGGGUCUUUAAAAUUAACAUCGAUAAUGUAACAGACUUCUGUUCAUUUAACAGAGGGUAUGGCUAAAGAGAACCUGUGCCUCUAGUCAUGUGUUAACCAGCUCUUGCUGGGAGAUAGGGUUAGUUGGACGGUCCUGAGUCCUGACCGAAAUUUGUUGGUCUCGGCUUGGUUUCCCGAGUUUAGGGUCGUUUCCAGUUCAGUGUUAUUCCCCGCGUCCGUCGAAGCGGUGUAAUAGUCCUCUAUGGUGUUCUUUGUCGUGUUGAACAUUUGAGCCUUUUUACAUCCAUGCCCGGUUGUUGUUUUCUGGCACUA